GCCGCGUCGCGGUCGUCGUCGCCGUCGUAUACACCCAGUAGUAGUAGUAGUGGUGGUGGGCUCGGGAGCUGCAGGCAAAACGCGUCUCUCGUUCGUGCUACACACUCCGCCGGGACGCACAUUAUAAAACUCUCUCGCUCUCUCUCUAUUUUCGUAUACGCGUCUUGAAAUUCCAUCGCGAGAAAAUUCUUUUUUUUGGUUUGUUUUUUUUUUUUUUAAUUUUUUCAAUCGUCUGUUUCUAAGCCAAAUCGCACAAGUAUAAUUGUUAUAUACACGAUAAACUGCAGUGCGUACAGUAUACGAGUAAAAUCUUUCUCAAUAAUACAAAGUCACAGUUUGUGUUUAGUGCUCCCGAUACUUGGUGAUAUAUAUAUAUAUAUAUUAUUAUACAAGUGGUGGUACAACAGUGGUGGUUGGUGGUAGAACGCAUAUAUACUUACCCUCUGCCGACAGUAUCCGACAGUAGACGGACGAGCACACCCCCCCUCUCUCUCUCUCUUUUUAUCUGUCUCCUCUGCUGCAUCAGCAUCGGAGAGUCUCCUCUGCACACUCGAAGAGAGGAGGGCCAAUGCUUCCCGACGUCGCGCCCGAUACGAUUAGACUCUCGGAGUUGAAGCAGAGUUGCCGUCGGCGGAGUAGUUAGUGACCAUCGGUGGCCGCUGGCGCGCCCGAGCACCACGGCAGAGGCAAGCCCAUCGCCGUCGACCCGGAGCGAAUCCUCGGGAGGAUUCAGGCACUCUCGAAGACCAAGAAGAGGAAGAACUACCGGUGCGGCAGCUGCUCCGAAAAAGUUGGAGUUUUGUAUACACCCGCAAGAGGAGGAGCAGGAGGAGAAGAAGAAGAAGAAGAAGAGGAGGAGGAAAAAGGUGGAGGAAUAGCAGCACUACUGCUGCUGGUGGUGCUGCCGCCGCCGCCGAGCGGCAAAUUUCUUCGCCGUGCACACGGGAAGAGCUUGCUUUCGCCUCCUCCUUCACACACAUUCUACAUAAAUACUAACUCUCGUAUACCCACACGUACACAUUUGUACAUAUUACACUUUAGCUUAUGCUCGGUGGAGAGCGCGCGCACACGCUCCCUCUGUGUAUAUACGAGUAGAGUGAGAGACGAACCACAUCUCUCUCUCUCUCUCUCGCCCAGAGGCUCUCAAGCUUUCGUUUGUCUCUUGCGCGCUUGCGGCCCGACUUGGCCGCCCGUGCAUUGCGUGUAACACGAGCACGCCGCUAGGAUGUCGGUGCGAAUGGAGAACGUGGGCCCACCGAGGAAGCUCAAUUACAAAAUGAUGGGUCCUAACGGUCCUCGGCCAACGUACGCGGGCGCCAACGGGGGCAGCGCCGGCGUGGGCGGAGGCGGGGGCGCCAACAGCGCCGGCAACAAUGUCGGGGCCGGGGGCAACGUGGGUCCGGCCGCGGGCGGCGGUGCCCAGACGACCGGUGGAGGCGGUCACGGCCUCAAGGGGGGCGUAGGCGGCGGGGGCCCUCGGGGUGGCGGUGGCGGAGGUGGCGGGGCCGGCAACCCCGUGCAGCAGUACCGUGGGGCGGCCGCUGCCGCCGCGGCGGCAGCUUGGGGCGCGACGGCGCCGACGCACGCGGCUGCGGCGGUCGCGGCUACCGGCUAUCCGCCCUACGCGCGUGGCUACCCAAGCGGGGCGGCGGCGGCGGCAGCGGCUGCAGCCGCGGCGGCGCAGAUGCCGGCCGUAGUCAGCGCCCAGCAGAUACCGCCUAACCCCAACCCCUACAGUGCCACGAACUACGCCCAGCACGCGUCGUAUGGAGGACAACGAGUUCCUACCGCCUCGUCUCCGGCGAACACAAACAGUAGUUCUAGCAGUGCCACCGGUAGUCAAAGUGGGACGAUGAGUACUAACCUUAGCAAUAACGCGAUGCAGGGCCAGCAGUCGGAGCAGUUGUCGAAAACCAACCUCUACAUACGUGGCCUCAACCAAAACACAACAGACAAGGAUCUUGUCAACAUGUGUUCUCAGUACGGAACCAUUACCUCGACGAAGGCGAUUCUGGACAAAAAUACAAAUAAAUGUAAAGGUUAUGGCUUUGUAGACUUUGAGUCACCGGUGGCGGCAGAGGGUGCCGUCAAAGCCCUGGUCGCCAAGGGUAUCCAAGCACAGAUGGCGAAAGUGGGUAUCUGGUUGAUCCGUAGACUGGCCAGUGUACGUUGGUUGUGCAUGCAACAACAGGAGCAGGACCCGACCAAUCUGUACAUCGCCAAUCUCCCGUUGGCCUACAAGGAGAACGACGUCGAGAGCAUGCUCGCUCAGUACGGCCAGGUCAUCUCCACGCGCAUCCUACGCGAUACUUCCGGACAAAGUAAAGGCGUCGGAUUCGCAAGGAUGGAGUCCAAAGAAAAAUGCGAACAAAUCAUACAGAUCUUUAACGGUAAGUCGCUGCACGGGGGCAAGGAUCCCCUGUUAGUUAAAUUCGCCGACGGUGGCAACAAAAAGAAGUCACUCUACAAGAGCACAAUAUGGCGGGAAACGGGUGACGUGAAUAAUUCGAAUAUGACAUUAAACUACGACACGAGCGCGGUUGGGCAGAACGGCGUGGCGACGGCUCACAUGCUGCCCGCGGCAACCCUCGCACAGUACGGCCGGCACUACAGUCAAGCGGUGCCCGGUUACAACGUGCCCGGCGGGCCCUGGGUCACGCCUUACCUCGUUCAGACUCCACCGCACAUGCAACAGGUCGACAUGAUGCCGUCGGCCGACCCGAGCAACGCGCAGUACAGCAUGAUCCCACAGCUCACAACUCAAAUGACCUCCUUACAUCUUGGCGGUGGUUCCUACAUAAGCCCACAUCCCUACCCGUACUCUUACCCGGCACCGAGCAUCAUCCACGCUCCAAUGACACUGGGCGAGUCCGAGCAGACGAGCAACGCGGCGUCACCGGACGACUCCUAUCAGCAGUACCAGGCUCAGCAGCCCAAGUUCAACUACGCGGAGGGUUACACGAGUUAGACGAGGUACGCUUGUCGAUACAGGGAGUUGCAUUGAAAACAGAAAAUGGAAAAAAAAAAAAAAAAAAAAAAAACAAAAUAAAAAAAAACAAAAAAAAAAAAAAAUUCAAAAAAAAAAAAAAAAGAAUGAUCACGAGGAUUAUAGAUGAGAGAACUGAGGGAAAGGAAAGAAGGAAAUUUAAUUUACGGAUGAAAAAAAGUCAGAUAAGAUUCUUCCUCACGAUAAAUUGACUUGCCAGCCAUCUUUUAUACAUUCUAUCCACCAAGAUGAAAUAGGUGAAAGUAGUUGAAUAUUUUGCAACGAGUAGAUAAUGAUUGAGUGUUGAAUUGAAAAAAAAAAUAAUAAUAAUAAAGUAAAAUAAAUAAAUGAAUAAAAAGGAAAGGAGAGCGAGUAGGGGCAGGGAGCAAACUUGCGAUGUUGAUUGAUGUACGACAAUGCUAUAGACACACAAAUCAUAAGAAAAUAAAAAAAAAUAAAAAUAAAAAAAUAGAAAACGAUGAGAAAUAAGCGGCACGAUGGCUCCAGAAAGCGUCAAGAAACACAUCGCAUGGCUGAAUAUAGGAGACGAUCGACGUAGGCAACGGGGCAGUUAUAGGCGUUCAAGCUCAUAGGCUUCCAGGAUAACUUUUAGGUAUUUACAUUUAACUAAGGAAGACGUUAAAUAAGUCGUCGGAGAUAAGCGCUUGCGAGAGUGAGAGAGAGAAAAUGCGAGAGUAAGAAUGAGAGUGUGUGAAUAAAUAUUUUAACAAACUGGAAACUAUAAAGAAAAACGCUGCUUAAAAUAUACAAAGAAAAAAAAAAUCUUCCCAUAUUUCAAGUUUCAAGAAAAAUCAAGUUUUGUAAACUCGUUGUCUCUCGAGACUGAUGAUGAUUGUUGUUUCGCCGCGCUCGAUGAACUUUUUUGGAAUCUUCUUAAUUAAGAGAACAAUACUUGCCUUAAAUGUGCGAUUUGUACCUUUCUCACUGGCGUCUUCAUUGGAGCGGAUUUUUAAAAUAUGCAGUGCCUUUGUUGACCUUUGGACGUUUAAAGUAUUUUCGUGUAACAUAAACAAUUUUUACAACUGCGUAACUCAUAACGAAAAAUCUUUUGUUUUUGUGUCUCACCCUCUCGCUCUUCCUUUUCUCCCCUUUACACUUUACGCAUAUGCAAUCACCUCUUUUUUAUGUUUACAUUUCAAUGUAAUUUUAAUUUAAUGAACAUGUAUAUAUUUUUAUAUUUUAAUUGUACAUGAGUCGACAGUUUUUGUAUUCUUUUUUAUACCUUCGCUGCGCAAAGGUCAAUUUGUAGGACUGUUUAGUAAAAACAAAUUUUUAGAUCAGUGAGAGAUGCUAGUGGAAUAAGUUUUUAAAUGAUUAAUGACUAUUAUUAUGUACUGUUUGAAAAUAGCUUUUCUAUUGUAGAAACAUGGGAAAAGUAAAAAUUAGUGACAAUUAAUCAGAAUGAAAUGUAACAAUAGUUGAAAUGUGAAAAUUGGAUUUUUCGUGAAACUUGAAGAAAAGGACAGGGCAUAAGCCACUAAAAGUGCCCUUAGUUUAUUUUGGAUCGUUUGAAAAAUAAAAAAUAAAAAAUAAAGGAAGCUAGUCUUUGUGCGAGAUAAUGUGGAGGUUUAGAUAGGCUCUUUUGAAAAAAAUGUCACGGUUAAACGAAAAGAGUAUAGUUCUCUUUGAUGAGAUGAAAAAAAGAAAAGACCUGCCUAUGUACAUGAUACAGACUGCGGAAGUAACUGUUAAAAAUUGUAAAAAAAUAAAAAGAAAACAUUGCACAUAUAAUUACGCUGUGAGUGCACUUUGUAUCGAAACAUGUUAUUACAGACAGAUCCGUUGGUCUUGGUCUUGUGGAUACUUAUGCCUCCAUGAUUCGGUACAUUAAAAAAGUGACACACAGAGAAUCAAACUCUUUCUUAUUAAUCAUCGUCGUCCCUUGCUUUUUAAACAAAUCAACAAAAAGAAAAUAAUGAUCUCUGUUUAGAGAUUUGCAUACAGAGAACUUUGGUUCCGUCUUUUUAACAAAGACCUCAGCUCGUCAUGACACGAGUAAAGGAUAUGUUUUUGAAAAGAGAGAGAGAGAGAGAGAGAGAAGAACGAGGGACACGAGGCUCUCAUAUUACACUCGCAGAGUAUCCUUUCGAGGCAGAUCGAUUUACAAAGAAGACUCUGCGUGCAUUAAGGAUACUAGGAAGUGAAAUAUUUUUAAAAAUUUAUCACAGAUUUUUUAUAUUUUUAUGCGAGUUUUUAGAGUUGAUGUAAGUAGAAUUAAACUUUAUUGUAACGAAUUAUUCUAUUUUAUUUUUAGAGAAAUUGAGAAUAAUUAUUUUUAGAAAAAUUGAUGGAUAAUAAAAAGUGGUGAAUAUUUUAAAGAAUCCCAGCAUGACGAUGACCAAUGUAAUUGAGUGUCAAGGAAAUAUUGUAUAUUAAAUUUUUUGAUUCAUUGAAAAGAAAAUAAUGAAAUAAAUUUUUUUAUGAUUUAAUGUCAUAAUAGUCAACAACAUACGGUAUCCUUAAUGAAGUACAACUUAUUUUAUUCGGAAAACCAGAACAUGUACAAGCACGUCUUGCCUGACACCAUGCUUCCGCCAAAGACGUUUUAUAUUAAAAAAUACUAGCUAACCAUAAGAAUAAAUAAAUCGAACCAAGUGGAUAUUUGAUAACAAUAUUAUAACGUCUUCGUUAGAAGCGCGAGUGCAGGCCAAGAUGUCCUAGAAACGAUUCAGUAUUAAAUAAGAAACGUCCCGCAUGAACAUUAGACGUCACACAUUCCCCCACAUUAUCCUGAAGCAGCGUGACAUGCAUUUACGGUGUCCACCUUAAAGAUUAAGAUUAAAGGAAAAAUUAAAACAAGACUGGGAAGUAUCGCGUUAUCGUACAAGAGAAAAAGAGAGUUUGAAAGAAUCAGUAGGCAAACCAUUUGAAAUUCAGAAUUUUCUUAGCGCCCUUAGAGUGUAAAAUGUGAUAUUUUUCACUAAAGAGAGAUCGGCAGAGAGAAAGAAAAGUAGAGCGAACGAAAUAAAAGAGAGAAAGCAUUUGAGCGCCAGUGAGAGAAAGAGAGAGAGAGAGAGAAGGAAAAAGAGAAAUAAACCAUUGUGGUUGAUGAACAAAUCGACGUAGGCGAGUUUUUUCUCAUACGAAGAAAGCUUCGCGUUGUAUCAUUAAGUCUAUCUUGUUCAUCAAAUUGAGAGUAAAAAAAAUAAAAAAUAAAAAA